AUGCAACAAGUUAAAUAUCCUGAUUUGAAUAUGUUAAGUUAAGAAACUCUCUCAUAAUAAUUAUUUGAGAAUAAUAAUCAAAAUAUCAAAUUUAUUCCCAUAGUAACACCAAAUUAAGAUUAAAUUCUUUAACAGAUUUAAGCUCAAUAAUAAUAGAAAUCAAAGGAUGUUUCUCCUUAUUAAGAGUAUUCUAAUUAUUAAGUGACUCAAGAGUAGUAGUCAAUAUCAAAUUUAAUCAAAGAUUAAGAUUUUUAGAAACAAAAGAAAUUUUUAUAGAAAAUUUUGGGAAUUUUCAUUCUUUGGACAAUUGGAGCUUGCUUAACAUAUAUUUUUUUCUGUUACACCUUAUUUCGAAUCAAAAGGAUUGAAGUAGUUUUUUUAUUAUUCAUAUUAAUUUCUUUGUUUUCGAUCCCAAUUCUUAUAAAAGUUGGAAUUGGUAAAAACUAUAGAAAUGUAAUAAAGCAAUAUUUUUUUCUAGACAUCAUCUAGUAUCACUAUCUUGUUAGGAUUAAUAUUAAGCUAUACUAUUUUUUAUUUAGGGAUUCUUGGCUUGAUAAUGUUUAUAAUUCAUGAAUAUUGGGCAUGUAAAUAUAGAAAGUUAUAAAAGCCUUGGUUAUUUUUUUAAUCUUCCUUAUUAUUUUAGGAAUCAACUUCUUUGCUAAUUUUAUAAUGCUAAUAUACUUAAGCAUGGAAACACAUCAAAUUAAAAUGAUUUGUAAUAGUAUAUAUAUAGAUUUUAAGAUGUAUUUUUUGCUCAGUUGGUAGUAAUUUUUCUUUGUGGAAUAUUUGUUAAAGAACUAUCUUUUGCAUUAGUUUUGGCCAUUCCAUAUCCAUUUUGCGUAAUGAAUGUAUUUAAAUAAAUCCUAAAAGGAAGAGUAUAAAUUUACCUUUAAUUUAUUAGUUUAAUUUGUAAGAUGAUCAAGUAAUUACAGGAUCAAUUACAGCCUUUUAUGGAUUGUUCAUAUGUUGUCGGAAUUGA